UUAACAUAUUAACAUUUUAUGUGAAAACACAAUGCACUUUGAACGCAGAAUAAUUCGAGCAUGUAAAUGCAUAUUUAGUGUAAUACAUUUAUUCAACGGAUACUCUUUAAAUCUAUAAUAAUGUGUGUUGUUACUUACAUAACCCUCUGCUGGCUAUCUGGGUACACGUUUGCGAUCCACACAUACUUCAUGAAUCAGCACUGUGGAACGACAAUAGACUUUCGGAAAAUGUCGCUACAUGCCAUCAAAUUACAUUUGACUACAAACAGUGUGUACCUCCCCAAACUAGACUGUACCAUGACUGUUAAUGCCACUUCAACUAUGCAGUUUAUGCUGUACUUUAAGAAAAUGGAUAUCAGUUGCGAUCACGACUGGUUGGAACUCCAUGAUGGCCUGUCAGUAUCGUCGCCCUAUGUGAAUGGUUUUACCUACCGACAGUGCGGACACUUUUUUCGCCACAAAGUUUACACAACUUCCGAGAACGCCAUCACAGUUCGUUUCCAUAGCAACAGUUCCGUUGGGUCCAGAGGUUUUGCCAUGGUCCUGACAGCCUUCCAUACCGGUAACUGCAAAUCAAAAGAGUACCACUGUAACAACGGUCGAUGUAUUGCGGACUCGCUUGUCUGUAAUGGCUACAACCCUUGUGGUGACGAUUCUGAUUGUAUCCUCACGGGCACAGAAAUCGUUGGGAUCAUUGUGGGAACUUUAGUUUUCUUUGGCACCAUCAUAGGAUUGAUUUUUUGUUUUUGGAGAACAUGCCGGUAUAGAUACGUCUCUGGUCCUAGACACGUGGUAGGGUAUAGAACACUUGAUCAGGGAUAUGACCAGCCCAUUCCGCAACAAUAUGGUGCCACAUAACAGUCCCCAAACCAGCACCUUGACAUAGGGCCAGCAUCUAGACCAAGGGCCAGUACCAAGACCUAGGGCCAGUACCUAGGCCGAGGGCCAGGACCUAGACCAAGGACAUGCACUUAGGCCCACUGCCAGCACCCAGACCCAGCGCAAGCAUAAGAUCCCUGGCCAAACCUUUGGUUACAGACAAGCCGACUCAUUGUCAAACAAUCCUCAGACCAUAUUUUGGCUACCAUCAAGCGAAUUCAGUGCCCCAGUUAAUUCAAGCUUGCUGUAAUAUAUAGUGUUUUUAUUUAGUGUCAAAAUAUAACAGGGGGUCCUUCUACAUCUGACCAAGUUCCAAAUAACAUCAAGGGCAGCUACAACUAAGUUCAUAAUCUGCCAAGCAAACAAAACAAGCAGCUCAAAACAAGCAGCUUAACAAUCACUAUUCUUCACCAUUGAGUGUUUCUACAUUAACCCUUCCAGGGUCUGACAACACCUUUUGUGACUACAGUCAAAUAUAUUCAUAGAUACACCAACCGCAUAGGGUCGAUAAUUACGUCUGAGUCAAGUUCCCUAUCAUUUUAGCUGUGACUACAUUAAAGCAAAUUCAGUAACAAACACACGCAUGUGUAGUUUUAAUUGAUCCAAAUAUACCACAAUUCGACCAUUAACUAUAAAGCCAAUUUAGAGAAGAGCAACCCGUUUGCAGCUUUAAAUAAGCCUACCCAGAACCAAGUGCCAACUACUACACAUUUUGGCAACCUUAUAGCCCAUUCAAAGCCAACCAAAUCCAUGUGCAGCUCUAUAACUGAGCCCAAACAAUGAAACCGGAGAUAUUGGCAACUCAACAAAAUGGGUAUGGCUUGAACAAUUUGGUAUAUUACCUGGCCUAUGCUACGUACCAACUACGAUACAACGGUCCCUACAUACCCGAGUAGGUUACCCAGAUUCUGUUGAAAGAAACAAGGAUGUACACCCAAAAUGAACUUAACUCGGUAUAUACAACGCCACAAUGAACAAAUAUUAAACAAUCGAAAUCGAUAAAGAUUGAGGUAAUCUUGGCAAGAUCAAUUUGAUGCUUAAAGGUUUUCAUCAAUGCAAACGCUGGAGUGGAUGCGUUUCAAAAUUGCAUUUUUCAAUUAGGUUUGAAUUAUUCUUUUCAAGAAUAAAACGUAUAUUGGUAAAUGCUUUGGUGUAUAAUGAAGUUGAAGUUGGAAGCGGAGUUGGAUGAAGGAAACUUUUAUAAGAAAUUUGUAAGAGUUUCAUUUGCAUUUCAACGGUUUAGAAAUUCUACACUUUUAAUAUGUUUUUCACCACAAAAGUUCGAGACCUUUAAAUUAACGAUUGAUGCCAUAAUUUAAAUACAAAAUAUAUUGAGAGUCAUACAUACACAAUGUAAUUAAUAUGUCUCUUAAAAAAGAAGCCACACUUCGUUGUUGCUUGGGCAGUGUUGAACAUUCCUGCUACUGGAAUUAUUUUUAAUCCUGGUAACUCUUGCGUUUGAAUGCGAAUCCGUCUUUUAUUAAAUCCUGUUAAUAUCACCUUAAGACUGCACAUCUAAACAUGAAUAAAGGCAAAAAUGUAUUAUGCUUGCCUCAUGAUAACAUACAGCUUGACCGUGAAAUCAUUUUUGUCCUUUACACUCACUUAUAAACAGUGCUGAUUCCUUGCGAAAACGAAAGUAAUAUUUUGAAAUAGUUUUAGUAUACAAAAAUAUUGUACAAUCAUGGAUCUUUUUGGCGUUUGCAUUUAUAUGAAGGUCAAUGACAAUCGAGGAUUUUUUAAAGUUUCAGCUCAUUAAUUUUACGUAGAUCGAUUCUGACGAAUACAACAAAACAUAAUUCUAUAGUUUAUAUUUCAGCCGUUCAAGUUUUCCACCGCAGCUUACUUGUUAAAUUAGUUAGUUGUAAAACGUAGCAUGCACUUGAUCAUUGAUGUUUGCAUUUCUGUGCAUUUCUGUGUGGACCAGUGACAAUCUUUUUUCAAUUAUUCUGUUUUAUGCUUUUAUCCAGGUCACAAGCUCAUUGGGCUGAUGUUUCUUGUUAUUAUAUACCCGACUUUAAAUAAAGAAUCUUGUAUCUUC